ACUACCCAUCCCUCGCCUGCCCUUCUGGACCCCCGUCCAUUCACUGACCCGUUGUCCUGGAAUCCCCCAAUGUCCUCAGUGCCCUGUUAGCCGGCCUUGCCAUCUGGCCGUGACAUGCACAAGAGGGUUGCUCGUUGAUUGCGUCUCGUCUCGCAGCAUAUUGCACCGCAUCUGCCAUGUUCGUACUCCCUCCUCCGCCGAGAUAUCCUGCGGGUGGCUACCCAGGCGCGCCUGGUGGAGGGCCACUUAUCGAAACAAACAAUACUCUCACUCACCCCACGGGACCCGAGCACCAAUUGGUCGUCGGAGAAGGCACGUAUGUGCUCAGAGACGACCUCCAUCUAGCUACGCCGCCACCGCACCCGUCUGAAGCCCCCGUCCACAACCCGAACCCGCUCGCCACAACCGUAUCGCCGCCCACCGCGGGGACCAAGCUCUCUGUCGUCGUCAUUGCACCACGCCAACAAUCCUACCAGCGGUUAUACCGCCUCGACACUACAAACAGUACUCGGUCGCAGGUGCCCCCGAGUAUCCAAGAGAGCCCGCACGAGACAAACAGCCAGGCUAGUGAUGCCGGCUCUCACAGUGCAAAUGGGGUGACGCCAUUUGAAGGACUUCAUGCGCCUGCCUUUGGGGAGGGGAAUCCCCUGUUGUCGAUAGUGAACGGAAAAGACGCUAAAGACCCGCUAAAGCGGCGGAAGCCCAAGAGUAACAUUGUCAAAAGCAAUUCUAGCUUCGUAUCGAGGGUUAUUCCCCACGAAGCUUUGUCAAAACGCUUACAGGAGCACAACCCAAAUGGCCUGUACGCCUUCGCCAACGUUAAUAGGGCGCUACAAUGGCUAGACCUUUCCUCCCCUACGAAGGAAGAGCACAUGACCAAGAUUCUAUUCACCAAGGCACAUGCCCUUUGCCAUGAUGUGAACCUAGUCACAAGGGGGCCAAACCAUAUAGAUAUGAUAAUGGGCUUCUCCACUGGCGAUAUAAUAUGGUAUGAGCCUAUGUCACAAAAAUAUGUCCGCAUCAAUAAGAAUGGAGUGAUAAAUGGAACUGCCGUAUCAGAUAUUCGAUGGCUACCUAACAGUGAGAAUCUCUUCCUCGCAGCUCAUAUGGACGGGAGUCUGGUCGUCUAUGACAAGGAGAAGGAGGAUGCACUCUUUGUUGCUGAGGAUCAAGCAGCGACUGGGGAAGUCGCUCCAAAUGAGAAGGAGCGGAAGGCGGCACUUGCGGUGAAGAAAUCAGUGAACUCGAAAAACCAAAAGACUAAUCCUGUGUCGUACUGGAAGACGUCGAACUCGAAGAUUAAUGCUUUCGCCUUUUCCCCAGACUGCCGACAUGUGGCUGUUGUCUCAGAGGAUGGCUCGUUCAGGAUAAUCGAUUUUCUCAGCGAACAAUUACUGCAUCUCUAUACGAGCUAUUAUGGGGGCAUGAUCUGCGUCUGUUGGUCGCCCGAUGGCAGGUAUAUUGUUACUGGUGGCCAAGACGAUCUGGUGUCCAUUUGGGCGCUCGAAGACAGCAUGCUCGUGGCGCGGUGUCAGGGACAUAACUCGUGGGUUACGGCAGUGGCUUUUGAUCCUUGGCGGUGUGACGAGCGCAAUUAUCGGAUUGGUAGUGUAGGAGAAGAUUGCCGGUUGUUACUUUGGGACUUCAGCGUCGGAAUGCUUCAUCGGCCCCGAGCGGCAUCGGUGAGACAGCAGCGCGGCAGCAUCACCUCAGCCACGCUGAAGAUGCAGAAGAGCCGAGCUGAUGGCUCCACAACCCGGCUCCGAUCCAAUUCGAAUCUCACAACGGCGAGCUUGGAUGAGGAUGAGAUUGUGCAUCCGGUCGAACCCCGGGCGCGCACGGCGAUUCUGCCCCCUGUUAUGGCGAAGAAGGCCGACGACCAUCCUCUGUGCUGGCUUGGGUUUGAGGAGGAUUGUAUCAUUACAUCGUGUAGUAACGGUCAUAUCCGCACCUGGGAUCGACCCAAGGAGGGUGCUGGGAGCGAUGAUGACGAGCCCUCGACGACGUCUACAAGCGCGAGUGCACCGGCUAGCAGCGCAUAGUGGAGGGAGGAGGUACUUGGGACGGGGGUACUUGGUGCCAGCGGGCACUGGUGUUCGCAAAGAUGCGGUCAGAAGAAACAAGUUUCUCGUCGCAUUCCUGGUGACUGGGAUCGGCCUGUCUAAUCCGGAAUGUUCCGACUCACAUGGACACUGCACUUGUCAUCCAGCCCUACGCUGACUUACAUGUGUCCAUCUCUGUAGCAUACAACAAGGCAGUGCCGUUUGGUGGUUGCGGACUGCAAGUGUCCAGCGGACAGCCUCAAGCGGCACUGGCGCAGUAGAUAGAAAGGAGAUGUGCGUCGUUUGAGAUAGGACCAGCAGUCCAAACAAGGUGCGGCGGCGGAA